CACAAGAAAUUUCAUGCAUGAGUACAAACCAAGUUACUUUUUUCUUUCUUUCCUUGUUAAUUUUAUCCCUUGAGAGGCUGUACAUCUAUAAGUUUUAGUGAGUGUGAGGUGACUAGAAGGUUACAGAUAAUACUUGUUCAUGGGUCAUCUCUGCUGCGCCAAGCAGAAGGUCAAGAGAGGCCUCUGGUCUCCUGAGGAAGAUGAGAAGCUCAUCGACCAUAUCACCAAACAUGGCCACAGCUGCUGGAGCACUGUCCCUAAAGAAGCAGGUUUACAGAGAUGUGGAAAGAGUUGCAGACUUAGGUGGAUCAACUACUUGAAGCCUGACCUGAAAAGAGGUUCCUUCUCAGCAGAAGAAGAGAGAAUUAUAAUUGACGUCCAUAGAAUCCUAGGCAACAGAUGGGCUCAGAUCGCAAAGCAUCUUCCCGGAAGAACAGACAAUGAAGUGAAGAACUUUUGGAACUCAUGCAUCAAGAAGAAGCUGAUGGCACAAGGCCUGGAUCCAAAGACACACAACUUGUUAUCUUCUUCUAGAUCUGUUACCACCAUGAAUAAUAACUCCGACGAGCUUUCUAGAUUCGGCUAUGGGCAGUCUGUUCAUCCGGCACCCUUCACCAUUAGCCCUCCUAUCAAAAGCUUUGACAAGAUGAAGCACACCGGCACUGUGGAUCACUGUGGCUUCAACUCAGUAGUCCCUAAUUUGGAGACAAUUUGGCCGCCAUUAAUAGCUAACUCUAAUGCUCUUCCCUCUCAUGAUCAGAGUGCGGAGGGUGCAAUUCCUGUGCCCAACUUCCAGUGGCAACAAGAUAAUAUGAUCAGUGAUCAUCAGCUCCUGAUGGGGUUCAAGGAUCAGAUGAUCGACAAUAAUUCGCAAGGUUCGUUCGACUUCACUGCCAACGGUGGCUCUUCUUCCUCUUCCUUGGAUUACACAAACGUGUCCUCCUCUUGCUUUGGCCAUCAACAAGCUUCAGGUUUCAUCUGCUUGGAUGAGAACAUUUGGCAUGAAGAAGGUGCAAUGGGGGCACUAAAUUUAAAGCAGGGUCUUCAGCAAGGGCAAGCUCAUCAAGCGGAGGCCUCAUAUGCCACAACCCUUGACCUUGACAUGAUAGAGAGUGCAUUUUUGGCUGCUGAAGCUGAGUUUUGCAGUGGGACUACUUCAAUGGAAAACCUGCAAUGGGACUGUUAAUUACUUAGGUCUAACUGAUUACUUCCAUUAUAAUUUCUGCUUUUAAAUUUGUUUUCUUAAUUUGACUGCAAAGCAGCAAAGUUAAAUUGCAUGAGGAAGAUGAUGACUUGAUGCAUGAGAAGGUGCAUGCAUGCAACUUUUCCCCCUGAAUUUGCUCUCUUGACAUUGCAAUUCAAUUCUUACAUAUCUCUAGUGUUAGAU